AUGCUAGAGGACGAACCCUUCCCUUGGGACAUUGGCGUUCACGAUGCCCACUGCCACCCCACCGACACAUUGGCCUCGGUGGCCGACAUCCCGCAGAUGAAAGCGACAACACUGACAAUCAUGGCCACGCGCGGGGAGGAUCAAGGUCUCGUACAACAAACAGCCGUAUCACUCUCAGCCAAGACAACACAAUCAACAACAGACCGCGUAGUCCCCUGCUUUGGAUGGCACCCGUGGUUCUCGCACCAGAUCUUGGACGACACAGCACAGCCAACAGCUACACAGAACCCAGCCGAACACAAGUCCACACACUACGUCACUGUCCUAACGCCAUCUCCAGCAGAUGACCAGCCAUUCAUUGAUUUACUUCCUGUUCCCAAGCCCCUCUCAGAGCUAAUAUCUGAAACUCGGAACCGACUUCAGCAGUUCCCGAAUGCGCUAGUCGGCGAAGUCGGCUUAGACAGGUCAUUCCGACUCCCAAUCCCAUGGACUCUAAUAGAUAUCGACAACAGAGAUGACCAGCUUACCCCGGGCUCGCGCGAGGGCCGACGUCUCUCAAACUACCGCGUCAAGCCGGAACACCAGCGCACCGUGCUAAAAGCGCAGCUACAGCUAGCGGGAGAAAUGAACCGUGCCGUAUCGCUGCACAGUGUGCAAGCGCAUGGCGGGGUCUUCGAGGUCCUCAAAGAGCUCUGGGCAGGACAUGAACGGGUUGUGCUAUCGCGACGGAAGAGGGACAAGCAGCGGGAUGCACAAGGCGCCGUAUCCGACGAUGAAGAAGACGAAGACGAAGAUAAAACGCUGGACAGAUUUCAGCUUACCAGGGUAUCCGACCUCAAUGGGAAAUUGUAUCGGCCGUUUCCGCCUCGCAUCUGCAUGCACUCUUAUACUGGUUCGGUUGAGCCCAUUCGCCAGUUCUUGCAUCAGUCGAAUCCGUCAGAUGUUUAUUUCUCUUUCUCGAAACUUAUCAAUUUCUCCGGUCCUGCUGAGAAAAAGGUUGGCGAUGUUAUCAAAGCUUUGCCUGAGGACCGUAUCCUGAUUGAAAGUGAUCUCCAUGUUGCAGGUGCGCAGAUGGAUGAGAUGCUAGAAGAUGUGACCCGACAGGUUUGUAAACUACGUGGGUGGGAGUUGCGGCACGGUGUUCAGAUACUUGCAGAUAAUUGGCGGCGGUUUGUGUUUGGCUAG